AGGAGGUCUUUUACAUAUCGCUUUCGAGCUCGCACGUAACACGCACGCGUAUCUACCGCAUUCUUUUUUCUUCCUUCGCGCAGUCGAUUGAACAUAUCUGUCAACCCGCCCCUCCGGCCUAUUACCUCUAAUCAAGAUGAUGCGCCGUGUUCUCGCUCAGCCCGCCGCCCGCCGUGUGGCCGCCGCCUCCAGUGCGCUGGUCGUGUGCCCCCGCAAGGCCUCCACCGUGGCCAUCUCCGUUCAGGGCCUGCACUACGUCGGCACCGGCCUGGCCGCCAUCGCUCUGGCUGGUGUGGGUAUGGGUAUUGGUACGAUUUUCGGCUCCCUGCUGAUCGCCUGCGCUCGCCAGCCGAACCUGACGAAGAUGCUCUUCAACUACGCCAUUCUUGGCUUUGCCCUGACGGAGGCCAUCGGGCUGUUCGCCCUGAUGCUCGCCUUCCUGAUGCUCUUCUCGUAG